GUCAAACCAAAUAUCCAUCGCGCUUUCCUCCAGUAACAGGUUAGCGCUAUUAUUCAGCGUCAGUGUGACCCCUCCGCAGGCGCGGAUGGUUUGUUCCAGAUGAACAAGUGGUGCUGCUGCUGAUGUCAGAGCGCUGAGUGAGGCUGAGCUCCACAGCGAGCUGAGAUGGUGAUGAUGAUGGCGAGCGCGCGGAUAGACGCACAGUCUCUCUAAUACAUUGCGUUUAGCAACGCAUCAUCAUAACGAUGGAUGGCAAUGUCUUCCCAGACCAAGAACAGCUUCUGGCGUUCCUGAAAAAGCUUAAAGAAGUCUUCGACGUGUGUGACGAGGAUGCAGACGGCUAUAUUUGGGUUGAGCACUUCGUGGACCUCGGUCUACAGUUCGGCCAAGGAGAUGAAGUGAAGAAGUUUGCCACAUACCUGGAUCCCAACGCUCACGGCAGAAUUAACUUCAAAGAUUUUUGCCAUGGAGUGUUUGCAGUCAAAGGCUGUGAGGAAAUCCUGAAAACUGUUCUUGGGACACCCAACAUCGGAGUACAGCCGUAUCAGACAGACAAUGGCUAUUACUAUCAGGGGGAAGGGAGUCUGGGACCCCCGAUCAUCGUGUGCACACGGCCGUGCACGGAGUGCCAGCUGUAUUCUGAUGAGGACGGGUUGGGAGGCCGGGAUGCACAGGAGUCAGAUAUGGACAGUGCUGGAGACAGUGGAGCAGGAUCUGAAUUCUCUGAAGGAGGACGACAUGAUGAUAAAGAAGGACUGGGAGGACUCUUUCUACGUGGAAACAUUAGUUGUGGUCAGAUGGUCUCAUCAGCAGCAGCAUCAGUGAUCUCAGUGGAGGAGCAGUUUGAGGACUAUGGAGAGGGAGAGGAUGUGGACUUCACUCCCAGCAGCCCCAUCCCUGAUGAUGACACACGCACUAAUGGUUUCUCAGACCUUGGCUCCUCACUGCCCUCCAGUGCUGGUCAGACCCCUCAGAAGAUCAGGCACUUGUACAACAGUGAGCUGCUGGAUGUUUACUGCUCUCAGUGCUGCAAGAAAGUCAACCUGCUCAAUGACCUAGAGGCCAGACUCAAGAACCUCAAAGCUAACAGUCCAAACAGGAAAAUUUCCAGCACAGCAUUUGGUCGUCAGCUCUUCCACCACAGUAACUUCAGCAGCAGUCAGGGCAGCACAGAAGACCUGUUCAUAGACAGCAUCGACUCCUGUGACAUUGACAUCACUGAGAAGGUGAGUUAUUUGGAGAAGAAAAUAACAGAACUGGAGAACGACAGUCUGGCUAAUGGAGAUCUGAAAUCCAGACUUAAACAAGAGAACACACAACUAGUACACAGGGUACAUGAGCUGGAGGAGCAGAUUAAAGAUCAGGAGACGCGUGCGGAGCAAAGUCUAGAAGAGGAAUUGAAGAGACACAGAGAGGCCUACAGUAAGAUGGAGAGAGACAAGAGCACUGAGAUUGAACUGCUUAGUAACAGGGUUCAACAACUGGAGGAGGAAAAUGCAGAGGUGAAAGUGAAUGUGUGCAGAUUAAAGUCACAGAGUGAGAAACUGGACCAGGAGAAGCAGCGCAUGACAGAUAAGCUGGAAGACACAAGUCUUCGUUUGAAGGAUGAGAUGGAUCUGUACAGAAAAAUGAUGGAUAAGCUUUGGCAGAACAGACAUGAGUUUCAGAAAGAGCGAGAGGCCAUGCAAGAGCUGAUUGAGGACCUGCGUCGUGAGCUGGAGCACCUGCAGCUCUUUAAACUCGAGACGGAAAAGCCUGGCCGCGGCCGUAACACUGCAGGACUGUCUGAGUACAAUGCCAAGACUCGAGAGAUUGAGCUGGAACAUGAAGUCAAACGGCUUAAACAGGAGAACCAUAAACUCCGAGACCAGAAUGAUGAUCUGAACGGACAGAUUCUCAGCCUCAGCCUUUAUGAGGCCAAAAACCUGUUCGCUUGUCACACCAAGGCCCAGUCACUGGCAGCAGAGAUUGACAACGCCUCCAGAGAUGAGCUGGUUGAUGCUUUGAAAGAACAGGAGGAGAUCAACUUCCGUUUAAGGCAGUACAUGGACAAGAUCAUCCUGGCUAUCCUAGACCACAACCCCUCCAUCCUAGAAAUAAAGCAUUAGGCUCUCGGUCAUUCCUCUUGAGCUGAGAGUGGAUAGAGGACACAUGCUUCAUAAAGAGCUCUCAAUUCAGGCAAAGGCUGUGAAAUGUACUGACAUAGGCCCUCACAUCAAGUCAUUUUAUACUUGUAUCUUGUACAUCUUGUACAGAGCAAGUUGCUGUUAAAAUGAUUGUCUCUCAUGUGCUCAGUCUCACACAGAUGGGUUAUAGAUUCCAUAGCCACUCAUGUCAUGAUGCUGUGAAUUUAAGUUGUGGAAAUGACAAAAACAAAGUGAUGAAACUGGAAAAUAGUGUAGAAGUGUACUUUUCACUCUCAGUUAUGUUUACACACUACCUCUGUGAGGUAACUCAGUGUUGUAUUCUACACACGAACAAAACAAGUAGAAGUAUAUUAAUCACAAUGAUCACAGCAUAGAGGAGAGCUUUACAUGAACUGACAGGGUACAGCAUGGUUUUUUCUUUCUUUAUUUUGUUGAGGAUUCCAAUUUAAAUGUGCCAGAAGACCUCUCGACUUUCUCUAAACCUUGUUUUCAUAGUACUGUUCACCUAUUAAAAAUUUAGCACUGAUUCAACUGACAGAGCAAUGGAAAGACAAGAGGUCUCUGUUUGCCUGAGACUUCAUGCAACAUGACGAUUACAGCUAUUAUGUAAUUAUGAUCAGCAAAUAAGGGAGCUUCUAGACUGUUCUCUAAUAAUGUUGGCAAACAUCAUGUCAGUCUACCAAAGAGAGGAACUAGGCUCUAAAGUACAUUCCUGUUAAAGACCCCAUAAAAUCGCUUGACGAGUACAGUAUUCUGGCCUGUGUUGACAUAUUUCCUAUUGAAACAAGGUGGGACAUAUCGAAGGGCUCGUCCCUCUUUUUAAUAGCCAAUAAGCUUUAGUUAAGUAACAACCAUGACCCCUGAAUUGCCACUUGCAAAUUUGUUGUAAGAGAUAUCAGGAGGUGGGACAUUCUCAUUCUAGAGAGCAUUUGAUUGGACAAAAAAUCUGUGUAGUGCAACAUCAAUAAUUUGGUCUUUUUCCCAUAAGAGAAAGUGUAUUAUAAGCAUACAUAUCAACUGAAAGUUAAUUAUGUCAUCUUUUAAGAGUACACUAGCUUAUAGAUGGCUUAAAAGUUAAUAGACAGUGAUUAAAAGCCACAAAACUCUAAAUUUGAUUUCAUGAGGUCUUUAAUGCAUAACGCUCUUAGUUGCCAUACUGAUGGACUGAAAUAAUUACACAGCCUCAAACAGGCCUGUACUGGCCAUCAGCUCCCUUUGACUGAGGGAUCGCAUACAUUUAUCAACAAAGAAGCACAAGAGAGGGAAACAGUUUGAGCAGAGAUGACACAGUUGUACAAAAUAUUAUAUACGUAUAGAAAGAAAAUCUAUAGAAAAUGUGAAAAGAAUGGUUUAUUUUUCUUAGAAAUAUGUAAAGGUUUCGAUUAAAUUGAUUGACUGAAUUGAUGUUUCAAGCUAGAGUGAAUGGAUCUAGUACUUAAAGAGUGAGAGGGCAAGGAUUAUGAUAUUAAUAAAGUUGUCUUGUUUAACAAAGAAUUACAAAAGUUCCCCCAAAAAGGAUUGCCAUUAUAGAAUCUGAAUUAAAGCAUUAACUAAGUUCCAUCAACAGGUAAAAAAACCAUCAACUGGUCUACAUAUUUGGAUUUGCAGAAAGAAAGAAAAAAUAUGCAAAUGCAGUACUUUAUAAUCCUGAUAAUCUUCUUGAUAUUGUACAUCAGUGCCAUGGGUAGAAUAAGCUGCACAUUAAAUAAAAGUGCUUGAACGGACAUCCCAUGAAUGUAUCACCAUGCAACUCCCAGUAUUCAGUAUUCCCAUUUUCCCCAUGAAUGUAUGAAAUCUUAUUUAGCUAGUCAAACAUAUGAAUCACAGUAUUUAAAAUUAUUGUGUAGUAUGGGAAAGGAGCCAAUACAGAUACAUGCUCGAUAGUCACAAACUAGUUUUGCUUUGUUGCACAAAUUGUACUGAAUCUAUUUCUUUGCAUGUUCUUAAUCUCUUUCUGUUUGUGCCCUUUAUUUGGAAUGUAACAAUUAACAUUUUGGUUGUUUCAAUAACUUAAUCUAAUCAGUUAGAGGAACUUUUAUGUAUUUCUGUUAUACCUUGUGUUAUAGCAUUUUUCACUCAUUGUAAAUGUUGUACAGAGACUAGUUCCUAUUUGUAUUGAUGUGCCACUCAUCAACCUUAAUGAAUAAAUGAAAGGCUGUUUUUAUACAGUUUUAUGAUAAAAUGGCAAGAUAUCUUAGAAGUUUGACAUAUUACAAAGUAAUGUACAGGUUUAAGACAGCUUUAAUUGUUUUGUCAAUAUGACUGUUGAAAUUAAUAAGUGACAUAAAAGGUAAUAAUAAUAUUCCUCGGUUUACUCAUCAGUAGCUGUGAUGUCAUAGACGAUAUUCAUUCAUCAUUAUGGGUUUAAAGAAAUGAAAGGUUGUUCUAAAGCAGCCGAAAAAAAUCUUAUGAAGAAAUACCCAUUUAAAACUUUACUGAUUCAUAUAAUUUCUAUUUAACACAUUGAAAGACCAAAACCAUUUCCAGCAACCAUUGUUUUUGCACAUUUUAAAGAGUUGUGCUGUGUGUGUGUCCUCUGUUAAAGAUGUUACACAGUUUGACAUCUUUAAGGGUCAAGAUUUACACACUAUUUCAUUGUUUACACCUACUUUCUUUUUUUUUUCUUUUUUUUUUUGUCCCAUAUGUAAAACAAUGAAUUGCUAUUACUCAUGUCUGUUCACACAAGUAGAGAAGGACAAAAAAAAUAUUUCAGAACAUGAAAUAAUAGUGUAAAGGCCUCAAGAGUAAUGGCAAAUUUGAAAUGUACAAUAAAUGACUCGUUUUGGCAUGA